CUCUCUGACAACCAAGAAUACUGUAAUAUGUUGGAUCUAUGUUCAAUUUCGCAUAAAGGCGGUAUAGUUCUGUGGUCGCGGUCAUUCACGCCCGACGCUUCGCAAAUUGCUUCCUCUUCAGCUUCUCCUGUAAACUCUCUUAUUCGUGAAGCACUCAUUGAAGGUCGGACGGCAGAAGAAAAGUUUGAAAAGGAUGGUUAUGCGGUCAAGUGGACAUUCGUCAAUGACCUGGAACUGAUUUUCGUCGUCGCAUACCAGCGGAUUCUUCAGCUUACCUAUGUGGACGACCUUCUCGCUGCUUUGAAAACGCUCUUUAUAAAACUGUUUGAACCGUUCCUGGCAACUUUCGUAGCUUCGCUCCAUGCAAUGAAUAGUGGGAAAGUCGUGACUGCUCCUGCAGGAAACAAUACCGCGUCAUGGAAUUUCGCGAAAGCAUUUGAGGGUUGGGACAAGGUCUUUGAUAAACUACUCAAGGGCUUGGAAGACAAAGCUGCUCAGGAAAGAAAGUCCCGAUUCAGACCUACAGUCCAUGCUCCCUUGGCCGAUCCAAGUCCUCCUUCAGACGACCUUAGCACGAUUCCGUCGGAAUCCUCUGUCGUUGCGCAGGACGAACAACAGAUAGCACGAAAUGUCCAAGCUCUAAAAAACCGACUACGGGGUCGUGGUGGUCGACGUGGAGGGAGGGGGAUCGCGCGUAUCGACUCGGGGAGUGGAAGGGAUAGCAUGCCAAGUUCAGAUACCGAAAGUGUAAAACGAAAGACAAAUACGAAGACGCAGCGCAAAUGGGGACAUGAAGCACCCACAGAGUCUGAUAUGGCGUCUCUGGAUUUCAGCUUUGAUAAAGGUGAUUCUGGGACGGACGCGCCACUUUCGCAGGACGCGCUGUCGUUGGUGGACAAGGCUUCGUUGGGUACGAGGACGCGUGAUGGGAUGUAUGAAGUCAAGGAUUGGGAGUUUGGUUCAGGGGAUGGUGAGACAAAUGACGUUAUCUCGCGGGCACUACAGCCGAACGGAGGGGUAGCAAAACAAGCCUCCAGUUCAUUGGGCGCUCUAAGCUCACUCUUCGCACGUCUGACUGGGUCAAAGGUAUUGACCGAGCAGGAUCUCAAACCUGUCUUGGAAGGCAUGAAGCAGCAUCUUAUGAAGAAAAACGUCGCGAUGGAAAUCGCUGAUAAGGUCUGUGAGGGUGUAGGUGAGAGUCUUGUUGGCAAGAAAGUUGGCGGCUUCCAAACAACCAAUGCGGCUGUCCGAUUGGCCCUUUCGUCUUCGUUGACGCGCAUUCUUACUCCCAAAACUUCGACCGAUCUUCUAUUAUCCAUUAGAACCAAGUUAUCUUCAGCUUUGACGUCAUCGCAACAAAGGGUCCCGUACAGUAUCACGUUCGUUGGGGUCAAUGGUGUGGGCAAAAGCACCAACCUAUCGAAGGUGUGCUUUUGGCUGAUGCAAAACGGCCUAAGAGUAUUGAUCGCUGCCUGUGAUACAUUCAGGAGCGGAGCGGUAGAACAGCUUCGAGUGCACGUACGCAAUUUAAGCAAAAUUGCGGCUGAAAGUGCUACAGACAACGGGACUCGAGUUGAGCUUUACGAACGAGGCUAUGGGAAAGAUGCUGCGGGCAUUGCGAAGCAGGCUAUAUCCUAUGCUCAAGAAAAUAACUUUGAUGUUGUUCUCAUUGAUACUGCCGGACGGAUGCAGGACAAUGAACCACUGAUGCGUGCCCUAGCUAAAUUGGUAGGCGUCAAUAAUCCGGACAAAAUUAUCUUUGUGGGUGAAGCGCUGGUGGGCAAUGAAGCAGUGGAUCAGUUGACCAAGUUUGACCGUGCUCUGCGAGACUUUUCCUCUGCUUCAGCUGGGAAGAGCCGGGGCAUUGAUGGAAUGCUGGUAACCAAAUGGGAUACCGUCGACGAUAAGGUGGGCGCUGCAUUGUCGAUGACAUAUGUUACAGGCCAGCCCAUCAUCUUCGUUGGAUGUGGAGAGACUUACACCGAUCUGCGUCAGCUGAGGGUGGCAAAUGUGGUGCGGGCUAUCCUCAGUGAAUGAUGGACGUCUGUUCCGAAGGCGGUGUGAUGAUCGUAGACGCGUGUCCUGCUUUUGUUGAGCUUCAGAAGCAAUAGAGAUGUUUUUUAUAUUUUCUUUCU